AUGUUUUUAAGUAAAGAAAGUAUUAAUCCACGUAUAUUGUGCAAUGUACUUGCACCAAUAUUUAUUUGUGGAUUUUUUGGUAAUAUUAUCUGUAUAAUAGUUUUUCUUCGUCGUCGUUUUCGUACACGUUCAAUAAGUGUUUAUUUUGUUGCUUUAUUCUUUAAUGAUUGUUUACUUUUAUUCAUAUCUCAUGUUGCUAAAAUGUUAAUAUUUGAUGCUUCAUCAUCAUGUUGGUUUAAUAUUUAUUUAUCAAAAUUUAUUGAUAUUAUUUAUUAUCGUGAAAUGAUUUAUAGACAAGGUUUAGCGGUGCUUACUUAUAAUACAACAUAUACACAAAUAUCAAUGCUUAUUUUCAUGUUUAUGUCUAUACAACGUGUACGAACAUUUUCCUCAUUAUCCUAUCGUGAAAGUCGAAUGUGUGCACUUAUGUUAACAUUAAUUGCAUUUAUAUAUGGAAUUAUUGUAUCAUAUAUACAAUUAUAUGAUGCAUUUUGUAUAAAAGAAUUAGUAUUAACAAAAAAUCAAUUAUUACAGAUUGAUUUAUUAAUUAAUGAAACCAAACGUUCAAUGAACAAUAAAUGUACAACAAAUAUUUUGACAGAAGUUAUGAAUAAUUCAGUAAAUAAUUCAAUAGGACAUAUUUCAUUGUCAUCAAUGUUUUCAUCUUCAACUUUUUCAAUUUUAACAUCUACAAAUCCCACCGAUACUUACCAACAAAUGUCAGUGUCACCAUUAAUUAAUAAUAAUGAUUCAUUAGAUGUCAAUAAUAAUUUAAUGUGUUAUACAGAAAAUGAUUGGUAUCGUAUUCGCCACCGUACUAUAGCUUAUGUUCAUCUUCAAGAAUAUAUGUCAAUUGAUUGGCUCCAUGAACAUGCUACACGUUCUACAUGUCAUCUUGAAAGUAUUCUACCAAAUAGCCUUCUUUCAUCAAUAUAUAAUUUAACAUUGCCUUUAUUACAAUCACAUCCUGAAGAAGAUUAUUUUCAUGAACAUCAAUUUUGUACUCAAACAUUUCAUUUUAUUGGUUCAUAUGCAAAUUGUACAUUUCCAUUAUCAGUUGAAACUUUUCAAAAUUGGUAUAAAUUUUUAUAUGAUCGUCGUUUAUCAUUAAAAAAUCGUUAUACAAUUGGUUUUAUUAUGGGUACAUUUAUUCCAUCAUGUAUAUGUAUAAUAUCAUCAUUUACUUGUCUUUAUUAUAUAUCAAAUCGACCAUCUAUACGUAAACAUAGUCAUUCACGUGCUGAACUUCGUUCAUUAUCAUUAAUAUUAGUUGAAAUAUUAUUAAGUUUAAUGAGUGCUUUACAAUCCUAUAUAAUAAAUUUUUUUACAUGUCAUCAUUUAUUAUUUCGUCUGGAAUCGGAUAAUUGUUAUGGACAAUCAAGUAAUAAUAUUUUACCAAAUUUUCUUGGUAGUAUAGUAGAAUUAUUAACAUCAACAUCAAAUAUAUUAAUUUUAAUGAUAUGUGGUGCACAAUUUCGUAAUGAACUUAUUGAAAUACUUCGUCUAAGACGAUUUUUUCCACGAGAUAAACAUCAACAAUAUACAUUAACACAACAAAAUGAAUCUCGUCAUAAACGCUCAAAAAAAAGUCCACCUCGUCGCGUGACUUUAUCAGUAGGAUCAUCACACAAUGAGACGAAUAAAACAAAUAGUAUGCCUCAUGAACCAUCAAUAGAUUCCAUUAUUAAUUCAUUACACAUUAAAGAUAUAAGUACAAGUGAUUAUGAACAAUCGAAUGAAACAAGUCAAUGUCUUGCGAAAUCUACUACUGUUUAA